AUGGAGUCGUCUUUCUCCUUUGGAGUGAUCCUGGCUGUCCUGGCCACCCUCAUCAUUGUGGCCAAUGCGCUCGUGGCUGUGGUGGUGCUGGUGUUGAUCCACAGAAACGAGGGUGCGGCUCUCUGUUUCACUUUGAAUCUGGCUCUGGCUGACACCUUGAUUGGGGUGGCCAUCUCUGGCCUUGUCACAGACCAGCUCUCCAGCCCUCCUCAGCCCACCCAGAAGUCCCUGUGCAGCCUUCGGAUGGCCUUUAUCACUUCCUCCUCAACCGCCUCGGUCCUCACCGUCAUGCUGAUCGCCUUCGACAGGUACCUGGCCAUCAAGCGGCCCCUGCGCUCCUUCCAGUGCAUGAGUGGGCUCAUGGCAGGGACCAGCAUUGCCGGACUGUGGCUGGUAUCUUACCUCAUUGGCUUCCUCCCACUCGCCAUCCCCAUGUUCCAGCAGACCACGUACCAGGGACCCUGCAGUUUCUUCGCCGUUUUCCACCCUCGCUUUGUGCUGACCCUGUCCUGCGCUGGCUUCUUCCCGGCCCUGCUCCUCUUUGUCUUCUUCUACUGCGAUAUGCUCAAGAUUGCCUCAGCACACAGCCAGCAGAUCCGAAAGAUGGAGCAGGCAGGGGCUGGAGCCGGAACGUACCGUUCCCCGCGUACUCCCAACGACUUCAAGGCGUUCCGCACUGUGGCCAUUCUCAUUGGAAGCUUCACCCUGUCCUGGGCUCCCUUCCUGAUCACAGGCAUCGUGCAGGUGGCCUGCCAGAGCUGCCACCUCUACCUACUGCUGGAACGGUACCUGUGGCUGCUCGGUGUUGCCAACUCCCUGCUCAAUCCGCUCAUCUAUGCCUACUGGCAGAAGGAGGUGAGGCAGCAGCUCUACCAGAUGGCCCUGGGAGCGAAGAAGAGGCUCACCUCACUCCUCAGCCUUUGUUCUGCCAGGAAUGGCGGCCCCGGGGGCCCCAGAGAAAGUUCCUGCCGCAUUGUCACUGUCUCCCACCCCCAGCUCGAUGGCUAAGACGCUGCUCUGCUGACCACUCUGGCCCAGAAAAGACCAUGCCUG